GCAGUCAGCAACAUCAAGCCGGUUCGUUCGGUCACGUUAAUUUAAUGUCUGUUGCGCGUCUCUCCCAACAUUUAUUAUUAUUUAUUAUUUAUUAAAUUAAAAUAUACAAACAAAUAAUUAAUUAAAUUCUUAUCAUAAAUAUAUAUCUAUCCUAAAAAUAUUCAUAAAUUAAUUACAAAAUUCGCCUCCGAAAUAACAAAAAACAACAAACUUCUUUUGUUUUUUUUUUUUUUCGUCGUAAUUUUUUAUUCACACUUUGAAAUGACAAAGUGAAAUAGUUUUUUGUACUUUUUAUUUAAGUGUUAAUAUAUACUUUAAUAUUGUUUGUGAGUUUUGUUGUUAAUUAAUUAAUCAAGGAAAUUUAAUCCUUGAUAUUUAAGUUUGUUUUAAUCGUUGAAAAAUAUUUAUAAUUAAAAAAAAAAAUAUUUAUACAGUCCUUGGAUAUUACGGAGUCUGGAGGAUAUUAUUUGAAGGUAGAAUAAUAAAUUUUUAAAUAAUUUUAUUGGCAAUUGUGUGUGGAUGCUAUAUUAGUGGAUAGUUUGUUGGCCUCGUUUGGAUUAUACACCAUCACGCGAUAGAAUUUUCUCUCAAUAAUCAGAGGCUGAAAGUGUAGGAUGGACACGUCAAUCCAAAGAAUCUUGAUACAUUGAAGAGAAGGAGGAGAAUAAUUAUUUGCAAAAGAGGAGGAGGUUUGUAAAAAUGCCAUCCUCACAAGUACCACAAGCCACUGAACGGCGUAACGAACGAAUGAUGACCCAUGAACCACCAAAAUUAAAAACAACCCUAACAACACCACCAAAACAAGCUACAAAUCCAUUACAAUUUGUUAAAGUUGGACCAUGUUCAUUGUAUCGUUCAGCACAUGAACAAUUAUCAAAAGUUGAUGAAGUUAAAAAAGUUAAACAAGAAGUACGUGAAGAAGCUGAAGAAUGGCAAUCGAAUUUGGACAAUUGGAAAAGUAGCAGAAGGAAGAGACAAGAGCAUAUUAUUGAAAGAGUUGUUGAAGUUAAAAAACUUGAACUUGAAGAACAUGAUAGACAAAGAAGACGAAGUAAAACAUUUUCUGAAAUGAUGGAAGAACGUGGUAGUAGAGGAAGAAAAUUAAGUUUGGCAAUGUAUCAUGAAGAAGAUUCAAAUGAUUUAAGUGAUCUUGGUAUUGGUACAAGUAGUGGAAAAAGUUCAAUAAGUGGUGAUACACAUGAUGAUACACAAAGUGUAUUAAGUGAUAGAGACAGUGAAAUUGAUAAAAAUAAUUCAUUUGAUAAUACAAUUAUUGAAAAUAAUAAUAAUACAUUAUCAACAACAAUUAUUGAUGAUACACAAACAGAAACAAUUAAUGAUUUUAAUAAUGAUAAUGAACAACGUGAAUAUGAUUCCGGUACAACAGCAACAAUAAGUUCACCUGAACCAGAAGAAUAUACAUAUGAAAAUGCAAUACGUGGUUAUGUAUCAAGAGUACCACCAAAUUUACCAAGACACUCAAUUAUUAAUAUUAAUACACAGCUUGAUAGUAAAAAAAAUGGUAAAAUAAAUAUAUUUGAUGAUAAAAAUUCAUCAAAUAACGAUGAUAAAACAUCAAUAAUUAAAAUUGAUAUACAUAAACGUCGUGAAAUAUUUGAAAAACCAACAAAAAUUAUAAAUAGCAAUAAUAGCAGUAGCAAUAGAACAACAAAUGAUUUAACAAAUUCAAAAAGUAUAAAAGAAAGAUUAUCAUUUCUUGAAAAACAAAAAUAUAAUAAUGAUGAAGAUGAUGGUGAAGAUGAAGGUGAAGAUGAAGACGAUGAAGAUGAAGAUGAUGAAAAUAUAAAUAAAAUAAAUAGAUUAUCUGGUGAUAUGAAUUCAAUACGUGAACGUUUAACAAAUUUAGAAAUAAAAACAUGUGAACGUGAAAAUAAUCUAUUAAAUAAUAAAAAUAUUGAUGAAUUAUUAAUGGAACCAGUUAUACCAAUACGUAAAUGUUUAUCAACACUUGAAAAAUAUACAACAAGUAGUGAUGAAUCAACAUCAUCUGGUGUAUCAUCAAAUAUAUGUGUUAAUAAUAUUACAAAUGAUAAUGAAAAAAAAUCAAUUGAUAAACAAAUGAUAAAUUUUAAUAAUAAUAAUAAUAUUAAUAAUGAUAAUUUAACACCAAGUGAAAGAAGUUCAUCACCAGAUUCUGAAUAUCGUGCAUCACGUACAGCAUUUCAUAGAAGUUUAGAUUCACUUGAUGCUGAUGCAUCAAGUGGUCCUGAUACAUUUGAAAGAGUACAAAGUCUUGAAGAGCUUGAUUAUGUUAGAAGAUAUCCUGGCUCAAUAUCAUCUGGUGAAUUAUUAAAUGAUACUGAUAGAGAAGAUUCUGGUAUACAUACUGCUGAUGUUAGUUGUUCAGUUAGUCAAGCUGAUGAACCAAUUGAUGAUGAACAUAUUGAUAAUAAUACACAAAAAAUUGAACAACAUUAUCUUUAUGGAAUUGCUGAAACUGAAAUAACAGAUACAAAUGAUAAUUAUCAAGAUAAUAAACAAGAUCAACAGGUUGAUAAUGAUAUGCAACUUGCAGUUAUAAAUGAGGAUACUGCUGUUACUGGAAUCAUGUCGACUAACAAAUCUCAUCUUGAUUAUUCAUAUAAAUCUUCAUCAUGUCAUAAAACAACAAAUGGUCGUACAGUUAUUUAUCAAAGUCCAAGAAUACCACCACGUAAAAAUCCACCAAUUAAUGAUAGUAUUAAAUUAAAUGAUAAUAAACCAUCGAAAAUACCAACAUCAACGAAAAAUAAUAAUAAUUCAACAACAACGACAUUAUUAUCAACAUCAACAACAAGUGAAAAAAAUAAUUUACAAGAAAUAUUUAAUCAAAAAUUAACAAAUAAAUGUACGUCGAUUAAAAUACAAGAUGAUGAUAAACAAAUGGAUAGAAAAAAUGUUGAUAAUUAUUGUGAAAGAAGACGUACGAUAAUUGAGGAAUCGAUUGUUAUCGGUUGUGGGGACAAGGAAGUCGAUGAAACGUUGGUUGAGCUGCCAGUUGAAAUAACGUCGUCAGUCGAGCAAGAAGAAGUACCACGAGUUUGUGAGCUGCCAGUUUCAAGUCAUACUGUUGAAUCAUUAAUUUCAAUAAACAUGCCAAUUGAUAUUUCAUCAACAAAUAAUCAUGAUAAUAUUAUUGAUAAAAUUUGUGAAAAUGAAAUUAAUCAUUUAAAUUUUAAUUCACCAAUUUUACAAGCAAAUAUCAUGAAUUUUAAUGAAUCAUUGACGUCAAUGUCUCAACAAAUACCUCAAUAUAAUAUGACCAGUGAUGAAGAAAUAGUAACAAGUUUGUCAUUUCCACUGGGACCACCAAGUACAAUUGAACCACCAAAAGAGAAACCACCACCUCCACCAACUGAUUUUAGUGAUGAUGAAAACCAACAAAUUGAACCAUUAAAACGUUUAAAUUCAACACGUCGAAUUAAAAAAGAAUUACGUACAAGACGUUCUGAUUUUCUUGGUAUUGAAGGGAUAAACGAUGAUGAUUUGGAAUUUAGUUUGGCAAAACCACCAAAUAUGGCAUCAAUAUUAGCUGAAGAAAGAAGAAUCGAACAAUUACAUCGUCGUUCAUAUGAUACUGAUAGUAAUUAUGAACAAGAUUCAAGUCAUGAAAGAGAUUCUGGUGUUGAACUUGGUCAAGAUUGGGUUAAACAACCAGUUAGUCCAGAUAUGUCACAACAUAGUCGUCAAAGUAGUGAACCAUUUGGUGCAAGUGUAACAUCAUCUGAAGAAGAUGAAAUAACUAAAAAAGAACGUGAAAUUAUUGAAGUACUUGAGAAGGAAGAACAAUGGCGUUAUGGAAAUGAUCGUGAACAAAACAGUUGUGAAAGUAUUUUGGAACACAGUGACAUCGGUGAGAAGCUAGCCCACAAGCUUCGUAAACUUGAGGAGGAAAAAAUGCAGUUGGAACGUGAACGUGCACAUGAGACUGAGAUGCAACAUCGUCAAGAAGAAGAGACAAUGCGAAUGAAUGAUGAGAAUACAAGAAUAAUGGAAAAUACUGAAGACAUGUUACGUGAGGAAGAACAACAACAUCAACAUCAACAACAAGAAAUAACAAUGCAAAUACAAAAAAUUGAAGAAAUUAAAAUAAGAGAUGAAGAACAAAAAUUGAGAAUUAAAAAUGAUCAGUUACGAAUUCAUGAUGAGAUUAUUGAACAAGAAAAAAGAUCUGUUGAUAUUCUUAGACAAGAAGAAAUAGCUAGAUCAAUGGAAGAUCAAGAAAAAAAUAUUUUAACUGCAGUUCAGUAUAAUAACGAUGAUGAUUAUGCAACUGGGGAAGUACUACGUGUUGAGCGUGAAUUACUACAACUUGAACAAGAAGCAUUAAAACGUCAAAAAACAAAUUUAGCAUAUCGUGAACAAAAACAACAACAACUUGCUGAACAACUACAAGAACAGUGGGCAUCAUUGCAAGAUGUUGCUCAUGCAUCACCAAAUAAUUCAAAUCCAACAUACCAGAAUAUAUCUGCCUUGAAUUAUCGUUCAUCCAUGCCAAAUUUACAACUUCAAGAUGUUCAACAACAACAGCAACAACGUAGACGUCCACCACCACCAGCAAAACCACUUAGAUUGAUUGAUCAACUUCAACGUGAUGCAACAAUAAGAAAUAGCAGAAUUCCAUCGGCUGAUAAUAUUCCACAACAAGUUGACACUUGUACAUUGAGACACAGUGUUUCUGUUGCAUCAAUUGUUAAUUCUGGCCAACAACAACAGCAACAACAAAUGAGUAAACAAACACUUCAAGCAUUAAGUGCUGUUCCAAGAACAAGAAUUGUCAAGAGUGAUCAGUGGGUACAGAGAAGAAAAAGUGAUGGACCAAGAGUUGUUCAGGAUUUUAAUUAUCAGCAUUGGCUUAUUCAGGAAGCAGAACAGCGUAGAAUUGCUGAGAAAAUUCAUCGUUCACCUGUGAGAAAAUCACAACAACAUGUUACGGGAACAUCUGUUCCGUACAUUGCAACUCCAACAAGGUCUGAUGGUAAACCGUUACCUGAUUCUAUCAUUCAAACACUCACUCAAAGAAUGCAAAAUAGAGCUCAAGAACGACCACAAAUACGUAGAAGAUUAGAGCACAGUGUUAGUCAAGAACAUUUGCCAAAUGCUCAUCAUGGACCUCAACAUGUUGCAAUGAUGCAUCAAAAAAUUAAUCAAUCAACAAAUUCUUCUGCUAUUGAUUCACAAGAAAAAAUGCUCAGCGUUAGUGGAAAAAAAAAAUGCUCACAUUGUGGUGAUGAAUUAGGACGAGGUGCAGCAAUGAUUAUUGAAAGUCUUCGUUUAUUUUAUCACAUGGAAUGCUUUAAAUGUUGUGUUUGUCACAUUAAACUUGGUGAUGGACUCAUAGGAACAGAUGUUCGCGUACGAAAUCACAAACUUCACUGCCAUAAUUGCUAUUCAAGCGAUGACGGUGUCAAGUUUAGCUGUGUGUAGAUAAAAUAUCCAGUCUUAUGGGGGAUCCAAGCUGAAAUACUUGAAUAUAUAGUUUAACUAUAUUUUUUAAGGCUCAUAUAUCAAAUAAUAAUUGUUCUUUUUUUGUUUUAAAUUUUAAUUUUAUCAUUUUUAAAAUGAAAAUGUCAAUGUCGUGUACAUAAUUAGUUAAAUAAACAAAAAUUAAAAUUGAAAACAAAUAAUAUUCUAUUGAUGUAAAUUAAUAUACAAAAUAUUCCAAUAUUUCGUGUAAAUAAAUUGUAAUUAGUUUAGUGGCAAUUAAAGUAUCUUAUUGCUGAUAAAUUUAACGAAAAAAAAAAAACAAUUGUGUAUAUUACUGUAAAAUAUAUUUGUGAUAUUUAUAAAAAAAAAAGCCUCAACUAUAACUACUAACAGAAGGUCAAGAAUAAAUAUUUUCUCGUUGAUAUUUUUUUAAAAUUAACAAAAAAAAAAAACGUCAAACGAAGAAAUAUAUUUUAAUGUUUUUUUCAUUAUUAUUUUGUUUCUAACACUCGUUGUUUAUUGGAAUAAUUUCAAAUCACGAUUUAUUAUUAAUAUUUUAUAAAAGGUAAUAUUAUUUUAAAUAUAUUAUUGAUAUAAUUAUUAGUUGUAAAAAGAGGGAAUAAUAA